AUGGGUGGAUUUUAUUACAAAUAUUAUCUUGUUGUGGGAGAAUGUAGCUCAACAAUUGAACAAAAGACAGUAGCUGGUGCUAUUAAAUAUGUCAUUUCAAAAUAUGAAGGUGAAUAUUUGUGUAAUAUCUACUCUUUAUCAAUCAAUCAUCACGGGACUUGGCAUGCUACUUUGGUAAUUGGACCAACGCCAAAAGUGUGGACAGUUUCUCUGGCUUCUACUUUAUACAAGGGUUGCUACGACGAAGGCUGUAGCGGUCUAGUUUCUCCCUAUAGUUGUAGCAGUUCAGACGAUGGCAAAUAG